GACGGUCUCUGUCCCCGUCGCUUCCAUGGAGCGGCCAGAGCCGGCCAAGGUGCGAAAGGUGGAGGUCACCGUAGAGGUACGAGCCGUGAGCGGAAGCUGCUUGGGCAUCAUGGAGCUGCCGGUUACCAGCACCGUCGCAGAUGUGAAGGCCCGGCUUGAAGGCAUUGCUGGACGAUAUGAUUUAGCCUCAGCAAGAGGCGACAAGCUGAUAGCUGACAGCACAGAGUUGUCGGAACUCACCGAGCCUGGACAGCCCAUUGUGCUGUGCCUCAUCCGGCGGCGAAUGGGAUUUGUCUACACGGCUUCCAAUGUGGAUGGGUCCUUGACUCUUUGGGACCUAGCAAGAAGGGAAGUGGUCCACCGCUUGCAAUGCUCCUUAUGCCAGCCGCAGUGUCCCAUCUGCUUGUUCGCUGAUUGGGAGCAGCAGCGAGUGCUCUGCUGCCUCGAGGAUGGCACCUUGUACCUUUGGGGACGGACCAGUGAGACCGAUGAGUCGCUUCAUCUACUGCGCGUGAUGCAGGAUGAGAAGAAUGCUGGAGACAGACCUGGAGUAAGUUCCAAAGAAGCCGUGGCAGCUGACUGGUCCCAAGGCAAAGUCCUCUUGGGCACCAUGGCUGGACGCCUGCUUUUGUGGGAUCUCCUCUCCGGCAAGAUCUUGAGAGUCUUCCGCGGCCAUCGCAGUUGCAUUGACGUGGUGAGAGUUUGCUGGCAGCGAUCUGAAGCCUUGAGCGCCUGCCGUGAUCGUGUCAUCCGCUUCUGGAAGAUGGAGACAGGGGAGUGUAGCCUGUUGCGUGGUCACACCAGUUCUGUUUGCUGCUUGCUGGUGAACUGGGAGCUAAGGCGAGCCAUGAGCGCUGGAUUGAUGGACGGCCUUCGCUUGUGGACUUUGGAGUCACGGCAAUCCGUUGAGGUGAGCCGGCUGCAGAUGGGAGAAAUGGGCAGGAUUUUUUGCUGCGACAUUGAUUGGAAGAAUGAAAAGGCCAUCACUGGAUCAGGACUUGGUGUUCUAACGCUUUGGGACCUCAACCUGCUGAUGAAGAUCGUCUGGCGGAACGAUUCCCACGGACAUGAUGUUUAUGCCGUCUCCUUUGAGCCUGGAUCGAUGCGCUGCCUGAGUGCUGGCGAGUUUUCGGUCUGUAUUUGGGAUCAGAUGGGCGCAUUGCAGUGUCGAAUUGAAGGAGCCUUUGGACAAGCAAGUCUGGUACUGGAAUGGAAGAGCCUUUGGCUUCUGUGUGCUUCAGACGCAGUUUACCUUUACGACAUACCUGACAAAGACACCAAGCCGGAGACUGGAUUCAAGGCCAAGAUGAAUUGCCAACUCAAAGAUGAACGAAAAGGGGCCCACCAGACUGUUUCACUGAGCUGUUUGGCAGUGGAAUGGCCUGAUGCCGUUUAUCUAUAGCUUGCGAACUGUGGCAACUCCUUCAGCAUCUGAAAAAUGAUCGAAUCGUUGGACCUGAUUGGCCGCCAAAACUGGGCGUGCCAGUCCACUGGCUUCAUUUGUGCUUCAAGCCAAAAAGCGACAAAAGCUGGACGAAGGAUUGCCAGGAACCCCACUGAUCACCAAAUUUGACCUUUUUUCCGUUGGCACAUCCACAAGUUCCAUGGCAAGUCAUAGUCACCCCACCCGUGUGGUGUGGGUUCUCCAACCGCAGUCUCCAAAU